GGCGGGGUAUCAUAGCGUGCUGCCUGCACUCCGUCUAUCGCAGCUCCUGCAGAACCUGGAUUUCUGUCUCGUUGCGACAGUGGCUUUGAACGCUUAAGACCGCUCGCUAUCUGCAUCGGAUCUUGGGUCCCAUUUGCGUCCUCUUUCAGUGUUGCAACAUCCCCAGAUUGACGAGUCACAAUGGCGACGAAUUCCAUCAAGCUUCUGACUGGCAACAGUCACCCAGAGCUUGCCAAUCUUGUUGCUGAUCGGCUCGGGAUCGAGUUAACAAAGAUCAUGGUCCUGCAGUAUUCGAACCAAGAAACGAGUGUCACAAUCGGUGAAAGCGUACGAGAUGAGGAUGUUUUCAUUCUCCAAUCCACGCGACCCAAUGACAUUAACGAUGGGCUGAUGGAGCUGCUCAUCAUGAUCAAUGCCUGCAAGACCGCAUCGGCGAGACGCAUCACCGCCGUGAUCCCUAACUUCCCAUAUGCUCGUCAAGACAAGAAGGACAAGAGCCGCGCUCCGAUCACCGCCAAGCUCAUGGCCAACAUGCUUCAGACCGCUGGAUGUAACCAUGUGAUCACCAUGGAUCUACAUGCCAGCCAGAUCCAGGGAUUCUUCAACGUCCCCGUUGACAAUCUGUACGCCGAGCCUAGCAUACUCAAGUGGAUCAGAGAGCACCUUGACGUGAGCAACUGUAUCAUCGUGAGUCCGGAUGCUGGAGGCGCUAAACGAGCCACCGCCAUCGCCGACCGUCUGGACCUGCAGUUUGCUCUGAUCCACAAGGAACGCGCUCGUCCCAACGAAGUGUCUCGUAUGGUCUUGGUCGGCAGUGUCAAGGACAAGGUCGCAAUCAUCGUGGACGACAUGGCUGAUACCUGCGGGACCCUGGUCAAGGCUGCCGACACCGUGAUGCAGCACGGGGCCAAGGAAGUCAACGCCAUCGUUGUCCACGGCAUUCUUUCUGGCAACGCCAUUGAAAAUCUGAACAACAGCUGCCUGAGCCGCAUCGUCGUCACUAACACUGUUCCCCACCAGGAAAAGAAGGAGCUUUGCGACAAGAUCGAGACCAUUGACAUCAGCCCUACGCUAGCCGAGGCUUGCAGACGUACACACAACGGCGAGUCCGUCAGUUUCUUGUUCUCUCACACGGUCGCCUAAACACGUAAAAGAAAGAAACCCUCGUACGAAGGGUGUUUACAAAAAAAAAAAAAAACACAAAAAGGGUGUCGCUCGCUGAUCGAAUGAUGCGGUUUCUGGUGAUCUUAUUUUUCUGAGCAACCAAUUUCCUUGUCUACAUUUCCGGUUCAGGUGGAUUUUAUAACCUGAUAGCAUUCUGUGUUUCCAUCUUAUUUAUAUGCGAUCAAGAUGAUGAUCUCAAUCUCUAUGUUUCUUUUAUUAUUUCUCUAGCAGACUCUUUACGAUGAUCAUGAAGUGCAGGGCGAAAAAAGGAGAGAAAACACCGGUCCUGUGGCUGCAAGGUUUAGCAGCAAAAUGUAUAUUCUACCAUUCCAAUAUACAAGGAUCAAAUCUGUUUUAUGGGUUGACCUUGUUUUCCUUGUCAUCUUGCUAUAUAGAGUAUAGGAUAUCAUGAGAGGUGGAGUUUUUGUGUUUUUUUUUUUAAAAUUCGAAGU